AUGCGGGAGAUAUUUCGCGACAUGGGGAUUGUGUGUGUGGUGUGUGCGAAACGACAUGGUACGAUGUAUGGUGAGGAGAGGUGCCAGCUAACCUCUAUGUCUCAUCUAGCCAUGGAUCUCCUCCUCCUCUCCCUCCCACCACUCUUCCUCCUCCUCUACACCACCACCAAACACCUCCUCCACCACCUCCGCCACCACCCCCCCACCCCCUACCCCACCCUCCCCAUACUCGGCCACCUCUACUUCUUCACCAACCCCACCCUCCCCUUCCACCGCGCCCUCUCCCGCGUCUCCCGCCGCCACGGCCCCGCCCUCCUCCUCCAACUCGGCUCCCGCCCCGCCCUCGUCGUCUCCUCCCCCGCCGCGGCACGGCAAUGCCUCGCCCGAAACGACGUCGUCUUCGCCAGCCGCCCAACCCUCCUCAACGGCAAGCACUUCGGCUACAACUUCACCAGCCUCGCCUGGGCCCCCUACGGCGACCACUGGCGCAACCUCCGCCGCCUCUCCGCCGCCCACCUCCUCUCCGCCCGCAGCCUCGCCGCGGUCGCCGCCGUCCGGGCCGCCGAAGCCCGUGCCCUGGCCCGGAAACUCGGCGGCAUUGGCGGCGGCGAGGCGGUUGACAUGAUAGAGGCCUUCUUCGAGCAUGCGUAUAGGGUCGUGGCGGCGAUGAUCGCUGGCGCGGCGGCGGAGGACGGGGAGGCGGCGGCGUUCCGUGAGAUCGUGGCGGAGAUGGCGGCGGCGGCCGCGGCGGCGAAUGUUGUCGAUUUUGUGCCGGUUUUGGGGUGGUUUGGAUUCGGCGGUGUGGAGAGGAAGAUGAGGUUGGUGCAGGAGAAGCGCGACGGAUUUAUGGAGAAUUUCAUCGGAAAAUAUCGCCGCGGCGGCGGAAAUUUGAUCGGAAUUUUGCUGGAUUUGCAGAGAGCGGAGCCGGAGUAUUAUACAGAUGAAAUGAUCAGAAACCUAAUCUUGGUUUUAAUACAAGGAGCAACACACACUUCAGCAACCACAUUAGAAUGGGCCUUCUCCCUCCUCCUAGAAAAUCAAGACAACGUUCUAGCCAGAGCGAGGGGCGAAAUCGACGACGUCGUCGGAAAACGCCGCCUCCUCGACGGAUCCGACCUGCCCAGACUCCCGUACCUCGGAUGCAUCAUCAACGAGACGCUACGGAUGCAUCCGGCGGCCCCGCUCCUGACGCCGCACGUCUCGUCGGACGAGUGCCGCGUGGAGGGGUUCCACGUCCCCCGCGGCACCAUGCUGUUGGUGAACGCGUGGGAGAUCCACAACAAUCCUGAGACGUGGGAGGAUCCGGAAAAGUUCGUGCCCGAGAGGUUUGAGGGUGGGAAAGUGGAAUCCAGGACCGAAUUUGAAUUCGAAUUCCUGCCCUUUGGUCGGGGCAGGAGGGCCUGCCCCGGCCAGAGACUGGCUAUAGAAAUGGUUGGGGUGGCAUUGGGGUGUUUGAUACAAUGUUUUGAGUGGGAAAAGAUAGGUGAGAUUGAUAUGAAAGAAGGCAAAGGGGUUAUAACACCAAGGGUUCAACCCUUGAGAGCUAAAUUAAUCCCACGUCCAUUCCUUACCAACUUACUUGCUUGAAUUUUGGUCGACGUUUUCGUGAUUGAAAGGUCGUGAGUUUGAAUUUGAUCGACGUUUUCGUGAUUGAAAGUUCUUGAAUUUGAAUUUG